UUUUCUUUUCAGCUGAAAGGCAUCGACACAUUCCUGUAAUAGUCACACCGCUUUGUAUUUGUUUGAUGUUCGGUUGUGCUGAAAAAUGGAAAAAAAUUUUGCCUAACAGAUUUCUUCAAUCUUUACAUAGAGUAAAGGCACUAGUACAAAGCCUUUCUUAAACCUUCAUUAUUGAUGACCUUAAUGGUAACGGGAGUUUAAAUGGAAAAGAUAUAGAAGUAUGUAUUUUAUAACAACGCAUCUGAUGCUUUCUAACACUUGGCAUGACCAUAUUCAUAGAAUAAUUCCUAUUAAUUCUGAAGGCUGUGCUAGAAAGUUUCUACUACGUAAAAGCGCCAUAUGGCCACAUAAUUGUGAUUUUUCUCGUGUGGCACCUAACAUUUUCGAUAACUUCAUUUAUUUUUCUAAACAUUCAUAUACACGCGGAAAUCUUGUAUUUUAACUCAAUUUUCGUUUGCUACCUCACUUACUAAAAGCGCCAUUUUAUUGUGCUUACUAGCUGGGUCUUAUACCUUUAUUUAUUCAUAUUUAACUUCAUUAAAACAUUUUAUUUUGGUCAUCAUUAUUGUUGCUACUGGGCGAAGAUCUUAUAACAAAUUUAGUUCAGAAAAUUCCAAUUUUUUGUACCUCAACUAUUCCAUGUCCGCUUCUUAUAUUCGUCGUGAUACACUUGUUUCUAAUCCCUGUUCUCUAUCCAUACUUUCUGGGUCAUCUAUAAAUGCCAAUGAGCAUAAAGAUGUUUCAUCACUUUCUACGAUUAGAUCUUAUCCUGAUCAAGCAAUGCCUUCAAAGCAUAGUCCAUCAGGCGGUCAGUUACAACAAGGUAAUCAAGGCAGUAUUCAUUCACCUAAAAUGUCACCUGAUUCAACUCUAAUUCAGCUUUCUACACCAAGUUUUGUUUCUUAUUUAAAUUCCACUACAAGUCUUGGUAUAUCAAGCGGAAAUUCUAUCACAUGCGAUAGUUUUCUUCGAUCAGCACUUUUAUCAGACGGGUUAGAAAAGCAGUGUGUCGGAAGUUCAACAAAUCCUCACAUAACUCACUUUCAUGAUCCAUCUGCGCUACCAAAUAUCCAUCCAUGUUCACUACUACGUCCACGUGCUAUGACAACAUCAAACGCUUCAAGAUCUGGCACACCCGUCGGAAAUACGCCUACAUCCGGCUCUUCAGCAUGUGCAUCUGCCCCAACUAGCACAACUCCUGUUAAAAAGUCUUCAAGGCGUAAUCCUUGGGGUUCUGAGACGUAUUCAGACUUAAUUUCAGUUGCUAUACGUUCUUAUCCAGACAAACAAGCAACUUUACAACAGAUUUAUGACUUCAUAAUUACUCAUUAUGAGUAUUUUCGGGAGCGUAGUGAUCCAACAAGUUCUGCUGGAUGGAAGAAUUCAAUCCGUCACAACCUGUCAUUACAUGAUCGAUUUACGAAAUGUCCAAAAUCAUCAGACAAUACAAAGUCAUCAUAUUGGAGAAUUAAUCCAGACGUAGCCGCUAAGCCAUAUGUGCGUCGACGAGCUUGUUCUAUGGAUACUACCAAUUUAAAGAGACCCGGAUCUGGCAAUUAUGGGAAAAUAAAUAACCGAUCAGGUGGUGGUGUUUCUCACCGAACCGUAUCCAGUCAUCCUGGUCAUCGCAUUCAUGUGCCUUCAGCCGAUAGCGACAUUACCAAACCUUCUUUAUCACCUGUUUGUGAGCUACAGUAUCCAGUGGAUAUUAACUAUUCAUCUACUAAAGUUACUGACAGUCGUUCAAAUACCGAAUGCAGUAAGGAUUACAAUGAACCAAAUGUUCUAGAUUGUUUGACUUCAUCUCCAUCUGUUGACACUUGUACCGCAACUAAAUCUAUGAAUUUUUAUCAUUGUUCACAACAAGCAAAUACUACUCACAACAAUAAUUCAAUACCGACUUGUAUCAAUAUUCACUGGCAGAAUGCAAAAUCUUUAACACAUUUAUCGAAUCCUCAAGUAUACAGUUCGAAUCCUCCCAAUGGGAUAUUCAACUCUGGAUUCUCUGGUCUGUCAUGUUCUACUGACCAACCACCAAGUCGAUGUCGAACAAGUGGAUUAAUUGAACAACUGUUGCGUAAUGAUCAAAAUGUUGGAGCAAAUAGUAUGUCUUCAUCAAUGCAUACUAUUGAUCGCUUAUCAUCGGAUCAUUUUCCAAGCAAUUCAUUUCUUCCCUGUCACUCAGGUAAAUCAUCUUUUACAGGGAAUAAUUCGAACUUAUGUACUUCAUUACAACAAAUGGAAACAGAUUAUCUUUCUAAUAUAAUGGAUACAACACCUCAAUUAGAAAUUAUUAGACAGCAAUCUUUUCAUCCAAGUGCUCUGUUUAAUCAUAUUAAUUCAUCUCGUGUAUCAUCGUCAGUUGCUGCUGCUCACCAUUUAUUACCUGUACCUCUGUUGACAGAUCACCAUGGUUCUUCUACAGCUACUGCUGCGGCGGCAGCGGCAGCAGCUCAAUCUCAUUGGCAAGCUUAUCGUUCUAAUUUGCACUCAUCAGUUGCAAGUUCAUUCUAUCCAAUAUCUCAUAAUACAACGAACUUUAUAUCUCAAUCAUCUACUUUACAAUCAUCAACACCAGUAAAUCAUUUCACAUCUUCAUUUUAUGAUAAUUCACAUUUAAUGCAUACAACAAAUGAUGGAAAACUUCCAUUUUUAAAUUGUUCCGGUAAUUCAACUACAUCUCUAUCACCAUCCAUAACGAAUUCUGUUGGUUCAUCUUCCGGUUCUUGGCGUCAUUCACUUGGUUUAGAUAUGCGUUUGUUAAGUGAUUCACAUAACUUACAACGAGGAGAUCCAAUUACAUCUUUAUCCACAUCCUGUUCAGGGCAUGGUGGUAUUGAGAAUACGAGUAGAUCAUUAGGUCCAGUAACACCACCUGAUCUUAUGUAUUUUCCUCAAACGACGCUAUUCGGUAUGCCUGAUCAUAAUAUUGAAUCAUCGUUCCUGCAACAACAAACUCAAACGAAACAAUUUAGCCAAAGUGGAAAUCUGAUGUCUGAGCAAUUGUGUAAUUUAGGACGAGCUGAUCGUUCUUCUGUAACAAAUUAUGCAACACAGCAAUCAUCGUCACCAUCAUCAGCUUUUACUUCAAAUCCAGUACAGUCUCGAUCCACUGAUCGUACAUACAGGGAUUUACGACAUUAUGUUGAAUCUUAUUCAUCUUACGAUGAUGAUUGUGAACCACUGGAAUUAGAAUUAAGUCUAGAACUAGCUGAUCGAAUUGUAGGAAGUACUGCUACAACGUCAAAUAGUAGUAACCCAAUAACUUCUAGUUUUUGAUGCGCAUACGAAUUAGUGGAUUAAUUUAAUUUGUUCAGGCAUAUUUCUAAGAAGAACAUUUCAUCUAUUUGAUUACUUAAAAUUCAUACUGAAUAGUUGUUACUUAAUGUUAUAUACAUAUGUAUAUUUUCCAACGAAAUUUGAAGGCAGCUUGAAUGAACCUCGAAAUUUAUAUGUUAUGGAUUUUUAUUAAUCCCGUUCUUUCUUAUUGUAUUACCUUAAGAUAACUUAUUCAGAACAUUCUUAUUUUAUUAACUCACUGGUCGUCUUUUUUUUACCAAGGAUGAUCCAACCUUCUGUAUUUCUGUUUUUGUAGUGUUCGGCUCUGAACUCCAUCUCUGUUACUAAUAUCAUAAUUGAAACCGUAUGUCGACUUAAUUUGCCAGUUCAUAACCAGUUGUCUUUCCAAGUUAGUACAUGUAAACAGAAUAACUUGUUGCAUGUGCUUUCUCUUGCCUAACUGGUAACCAUUCAGGUAUAUAUAUAUAUAUAUAUAUAUA